AUGCCCGACAACACAUGGUUGAACCCUUACAAGUUGUGUUCUCUGAAAUGUCUAAGCUCUGGCCCUUCACAGGGAAUAGUGUAUGAACUUGACGACAGCUCUGUGAUCAAAGUACCAUUUCAGUAUCCUGUGGGCGGUGGCUCUACCAUCGACGAACAGCACGAUCAUCUGGAGCUAUCACUGAAAAGCUUUAGGUGUUUCAAGCAAGAGUGUCGAAUCUAUGAAGUACUUUCGAAGUAUUCUCACCCAAACAUUGUGGCAAGACUCCAGUCCAGCAAGUCUGACUGCAUCAUCCUCGAACGAGUCGAGUCACUAAAGGAAUCUUGGAAGAAGUCAACAAAGUGCUUUCAUCAAAUAUGGAUUUUUGAGCUCGUCAAUGUCUUGUCUUUUUUGGAAGAAGAACUUGGAUACCUUCACGGAGACAUAACAAUAUCCAACAUUGGUAUCGGCCAUGACAAUAGGCUCAAAGUAUUUGACUUUGGCUCAGCUGUUCACAAAACCGACGAGGAUUUUGAAUCUCAAGUUCUUGAGGAUCAAUUUAAUGUCGCAAACUGUAUCUACUUUCUAGCGACUGGGAAGGAUGUUUUUGCGAAGGCCAGAAGUGCUGCCGACAUCAAUCGUAUCCGACGAGAUCUCCAAAAGGGCAAAUAUCCCUAUUCCGCCUCAGCAAAAAUGUAUCAAGAAGUAAUUGAAGCUUGCUGGUCUCAAAAACGCUUCAGCUCCUUUAAGCAUCUGAAGAAGGCCCUUGAGAUCUUACAAGAACAGACAGCCAGCGACUUAGUGCUAUCAAUGCAUGAAGUGAAUGCAGUGAAUACAUGUCCAUCACCUGAUUUGUUCCUGGAAGGGUUGAUGAAAGAAGAAAGCUGGAUGGAUGAGGAAGAGUACUGCGUUGCAUGGAGCAAAAUGGGCUUCGAAAUCCCGCUCGUGUGA